AUGCCGGUUGAGGUAACGUUUUGAACGUUUGUAAUCAUGAUCAGAAACAAACUUUUUUCAGGGUAAGGUCAACAAUCUGAAAAGAAGCUAUCCGAACGAGGAGCAAGGUGAUGUCAUGUAAUGUGUUAAAAUUACCGAUGACUCCCAUUUCAGAGCAGCAAAGGAAGGAGACUGAAAGCGUUCUCACAAAUGUCGCCUCGCUUCUCAAGUCCACAGAGACUUCCCAGGAACCAAAAGUGACUUUUGUUCAAUCAGUAACCUCCGGACAGGUAUCAUUUCAAACUUCACACAGUUUAGUGUAAGAGUUCUCAGGUUCCCCCUCCAAACACUCCAUGCACAAAGGACUGA